AUGCAUCAUGAUAUUGAAUGCCCAGUAUUUGGUACUCGGUGUGAUCUUAAAUUAAACCGCGUCUCUGGGUUUGCCUUUUCAGGAAUGGAUCGGACUAAACGAAGACAUGCUUCCAAUCAUUCUGAAGAUUUCAUUGAAAAGCAUUGGAAAAAUCCCUGUCAAAAUGGAGAAAUUCUAACUUAUGUGGGCCAUCUGAUCCGAAACUCCAUUUUCCAGAAACUCCUCCCCUCGCCCCCUUUCAAAAAUAUUGCCUACAAAUUUCUUUGUAAUCAUAAUCUACGCCCUUUGAAAGCUGCCAUGAACUUAGCUGAAAAGAAAUCUUUUCAUUGCUUUAUGUGUCAGAUGGAUUUUGUCUCGGAGUUCACCUUACAAGUUCACCAACGUUUCCAUCACAAACCAAAGUCAUUUCAUUGUUAUGUGUGUAACAAAGAUUUCUUAAACAACAGCUACCUGAAGAUGCACAAAGCUUCACAUACUGCAAUGGAGAAUUCAAAACAGUUCAAUUGUACGUCAUGUGACAAGACUUUUGUCUCAGAUUUUACAUUAAAACUACAUCAACUUCUACAUUCAACACAAAAGCCAUUCCACUGUGAAGUGUGCGAUAAAGACUUUCUGAAUGACUUCUGUUUGGUGAAACACAAAAAAUUACACGGAAAGAAAACUUUUCAAUGUCCAAAAUGUGAACAGAACUUCUCAAAGCUGCUACUUCUAAAAUUGCAUUUGAAAUUGCAUUUUAAACGUAAUUUUCUGCUGCAGUCAAGGAUGAAAAGACCUGUCAAUGGCUUCAGUGAUUAUUGUAGCAGAGAAUACACUAACCAUGGAUGA